AUGGAUUUAAUUUUAUUUUCAUUAAGAAUUUUAAGUCUUUCCCGAAUUUUAGUAAUAUUAAAUUUAAAAAUAAAUUUAAUAAAUGCCAGAGAACUUAAUAAAUAUGACGGGAACCCUGAAUAUUAUUCAUUAUUCCCAUCUUUCCCAAAUUUUCCCAAAAAUUUAUUGAGAUCCCUAACUAAUUCAUGGCCAUCAUCUUCCUUUAAAUUUGAUAAAAAUACUGUUGAAUCUUCUGACUUCAUUUCAUCCUCUUCUUCAAAAUCAUCAUCAGACGAGUCCAAAUCAAGUUCAAGUAUUGAAAAAGAAGAUAAUGAAGAAACAGAUGAGACUGAAGAGGAAGAAAAACGAGAAAAAGCUUGGAUGGAAGCUUUAAAGAAAAGUAAAACAUUGGAUUUGUUACAACAAAGAAGACAUACAGGUGAUAUUGUUCAACUAUGGGAUGAAGAGAGAAUGAAAAUGCGAAAUGCUCUCCGGUCAGAUUCAAAUUUUCGGUGGACUAGGAUACGUGAUAAAGAUGGGAAAUAUGUAAUUCCAUUCAUUAUUACUGGCAGAUUCACAAGAAGACAACGCGCAACCAUUAAAAAAGCUAUGGACAAAAUUUCCGACAAUACAUGCGUAAAAUUUCGACCAAGAAGAAGAAACGAAAAUGAUUAUGUUGACAUUCAGAAUAAAAUAAAUGAAGGAUGCUACACAACCGUUGGCCAAAUCCGUGGACGUCAAGUUCUUAUGUUGGAAUCAGGAUGGGAAGAAUCGUGUGGUUGGGGCUGUCUAUUAACCUAUCCUGGAUGUACAGACCAUUCAACGGUAAUUCAUGAAUUAAUGCAUAAGGUGGGUCUUUGGCACGAACAGAUGCGUUAUGACAGAGAUAAAUAUAUCAAGAUUCAUUGGGAAAAUAUUAUUCCAGGACUUGAAAAUCAAUUUGGCAAGAUUGGUCAAAUCCAGAGUACAACUUACAAUCUUCCUUAUGAUUACAAAAGUGUAAUGCAGUACAAAAAGAAUGCUGGAGCACGUAAAGAAAAUUUGGUUACAAUGGAAACAAUUGAUAAACGUUAUACUGAUGUAAUUGGAAAUUCAAAAGAUGCAUCGUCAGAAGAUUAUAAAAAGAUUUGUUCUAUAUAUAAAUGCAGCAAGUGUAUGGGGAAAAAGUUUAAGCCUUUAAAAAAUAGAAGGAGAUAA